GAUGCUCACUCGCAAGGAGAGGUGGUGGCAUGCCUGGAAAAAGGCCUGGUAAAAGAGGCGGAGGAGGCUGAUCCGCGAAUUCAGGUUUCUGAUCAGUGUAAGAAGGCAAUUCUUCGCGUUGCUGAGCUCUCUUCGGAUGACUUCCACUUGGACCGGCACCUCUACUUCGCGUGCCGAGAUGAUAGAGAACGAUUUUGUGAAAAUACUCAGGCUGGGGAAGGCCGAGUCUACAAGUGCCUCUUUAAUCACAAGUUUGAAGAAUCAAUGAGUGAAAAGUGUCGUGAUGCGCUGACCACCCGCCAGAAGCUGAUCGCCCAAGACUACAAAGUCAGUUACUCGCUGGCAAAGUCCUGUAAAAGCGACCUGAAGAAGUACCGCUGCAAUGUGGAGAACCUUCCGCGGUCUCGGGAAGCCAGGCUUUCCUACCUGCUGAUGUGCUUGGAGUCUGCUGUGCACAGAGGUCGACAAGUGAGCAGCGAGUGCCAGGGCGAAAUGCUGGAUUACCGGCGCAUGCUAAUGGAAGACUUCUCGCUGAGCCCCGAAAUCAUCCUGAGCUGCCGAGGGGAGAUCGAGCACCACUGCUCAGGGCUGCACCGCAAAGGUCGCACCCUGCAUUGCCUGAUGAAAGUAGUACGGGGCGAGAAGGGAAACGUCGGGCUGAGCUGUCAGCAGGCACUUCAAACGCUGAUUCAAGAAACCGACCCCGGUGCGGAUUAUCGCAUUGACCGGGCGUUGAACGAGGCCUGUGAGUCGGUGAUCCAGACUGCCUGCAAGCACAUACGCUCCGGAGACCCAAUGAUUCUGUCUUGCCUGAUGGAGCAUUUGUAUACUGAGAAGAUGGUAGAGGACUGUGAGCAUAGGCUCCUGGAGCUCCAAUAUUUUAUAUCUCGUGAUUGGAAAUUGGAUACAGUCCUUUACCGCAAGUGUCAGGGAGAUGCCUCCCGUCUCUGCCAUACCCAUGGCUGGAAUGAGACCAGUGAGCUGAUGCCUCCAGGGGCUGUUUUCUCCUGCUUGUACAGGCAUGCAUACCGCACAGAGGAGCAAGGAAGGAGGCUAUCACGAGAGUGCAGAGCAGAGGUCCAGAGGAUCCUCCAUCAACGUGCCAUGGACGUGAAGCUGGACCCAGCCCUCCAGAACAAGUGCAUGAUUGACUUAGGGAAGUGGUGCAGUGAAAAAACGGAGACAGGGCAGGAACUGGAAUGCCUUCAGGACCAUCUUGAUGACUUGGUGUCUGAUUGCAGAGACAUAGUGGGAAACCUCACUGAGCUGGAGUCUGAGGACAUUCAAAUUGAAGCCUUGCUGAUGAGAGCAUGUGAGCCCAUUAUCCAGACGUUCUGUCAUGAGGUUGCAGAUAACCAGAUUGAUUCUGGGGAUCUGAUGGAGUGUCUAAUACAGAACAAACACCAGAAGGAAAUGAAUGAAAAAUGUGCAAUCGGAGUUACUCAUUUCCAGCUGGUUCAGAUGAAAGAUUUCAGGUUCUCAUACAAGUUCAAAAUGGCUUGCAAGGAGGAUGUGCUGAAACUUUGCCCCAACAUCAAAAAAAAGGUGGAUGUAGUGAUCUGUCUGAGCACAACUGUGCGCAAUGAUACUUUGCAGGAUGCCAAGGAGCACAGGGUCUCUCUGAAGUGCCGCAAACAGCUGCGUGUUGAGGAGCUAGAGAUGACCGAGGAUAUCAGACUUGAACCAGAACUGUAUGAGGCUUGUAAAAGUGACAUCAAGAAUUACUGCCAAAACGUGCCUUAUGGCAAUGCUCAGAUUAUUGAGUGCCUGAAAGAAAUCAAGAAGCAGUUGAGUACCCAGUGCCACCAGAAGGUGUUCAAGCUGCAAGAGACAGAGAUGAUGGAUCCAGAGCUGGACUACACACUCAUGAGAGUCUGCAAGCAGAUGAUCAAGCGGUUUUGUCCAGAGGCAGGCUCAAAAAAUAUGUUGCAGUGUUUGAAACAAAACAAGAACAGUGAAGUGAUGGAUCCUAAAUGCAAGCAAAUGAUUACCAAGCGUCAGAUUACACAGAACACAGAUUACCGCUUAAACCCAGUGCUCAGGAAGGCGUGCAAAGCAGACAUACCCAAAUUCUGCCAAAAUAUCCUGAAUAGGGCCAAGGAUGAUACGGAGCUGGAAGGGCAAGUCAUCUCCUGCCUGAAGCUGAAAUAUGCAGACCAGCGUCUCUCUCCAGACUGCGAGGACCAAAUCCGAGUGAUAAUCCAGGAAUCGGCUCUUGAUUAUCGGCUGGAUCCCCAGCUACAGAUGCACUGUUCUGAAGAGAUUUCCAGCUUGUGUGCAGAAGAAGCAGCAGCUCAGGAGCAGACUGGGCAGGUGGAAGAAUGUCUGAAAGUGAAUCUGCUAAAAAUAAAAACUGAAAUGUGCAAGAAGGAAGUGCUCAACAUGCUGAAAGAAAGCAAAGCAGAUAUAUUUGUUGACCCAGUGCUCCACACAGCCUGUGCCCUAGACAUCAAACACCACUGUGCUGCCAUUCCGCCAGGGAGAGGACGCCAAAUGUCAUGCUUAAUGGAAGCUCUGGAAGAUAAGCGUGUGAGGUUGCAGCCUGAGUGCAAGAAACGCCUUAAUGAUCGUAUUGAGAUGUGGAGCUAUGCUGCAAAGGUUGCCCCAGCAGAAGGCUUUUCUGACCUUGCCAUGCAAGUUAUGACCUCUCCGUCCAAGAAUUACAUACUGUCUGUGAUCACGGUUGGCAUCUGUGUACUCUUCCUCAUCGGCCUGAUGUGUGGACGCAUCACCAAGCGGGUGACAAGAGAGCUCAAGGACAGGUAGAGCCUGGAUUGCCUGCUGAAGAAAUGCCUGCCUAGUGCCCAGUUUUGUACAGCCCUCCUCUGUAUAGUCUACCCACCCCCUCUUGUGAGAGGAGAAUAAAAA